AGGCCCAAUCGACGUCAAAACUGGUUCGAACAGUUGUGGUCACGCGUAGGGAAGGCGGUUGUUGAUUUUGCUAGGCGUAGUUUGUGCACAUGCGCUGUAAAUGGUUUCCCUUUUUGCCACGGUAUGAGGGAAACCGGUUUGGAGUUGAUGGGCCGGAGAUCGCAGGGGACCCAGCACGGAUCGUCGGUGUGGCUGGUAAAGGUUUUGUGAGAUGAGGGGUUAACAGUGAUAGGAUCAAAAGGGACUGAGUUCUCUCUCUGAGAGUGUUCCAUCCUCUUCAACAUGGCUGGAGGCAUUACUGAUACAGGAGAGCUCUACUCUCCUUAUGUUGGCCUGGUUUACAUGUUCAAUCUCAUAGUUGGGACAGGAGCUUUAACUAUGCCAAAGGCCUUUGCUACUGCUGGUUGGCUUGUCAGUCUCAUCCUAAUAAUGUUCCUGGGGUUCAUGAGCUACAUGACCACAACUUUUGUCAUGGAGGCCAUGGCUGCUGCAAAUGCUCAGCUUCGCUGGAAGAGAAUGGAAAAGCACAAGGAAGAUGAUGAUGAAGAUUCUUCAUCUGGGGUUUCUGAUAGUGAUGUUCUUCUUCCAGAUGGCUACGAGCGAUCAGAGACACGACCUAUCCUAUCUGUUCAGAGACGAGGAGUACCUAAUAUUUUUGAAAUCACUGAAAGGGUGGAGAUGGGUCAGAUGGCCUCCAUGUUCUUCAAUAAAGUGGGAGUCAAUUUAUUUUAUUUCUGUAUAAUCAUCUACCUUUAUGGUGAUCUGGCGAUAUAUGCAGCAGCUGUCCCAGUUUCUCUCAUGCAGGUGACCUGUAGUGUGACUGGCAAUCAUUCAUGCAGUGUUGAAGAUGGUACCAAAUAUAAUGACACAGAUAAGUGCUGGGGACCGAUCAGACGGAUUGAUGCUUACAGAAUUUAUCUGGCAGCAUUUACCCUCCUCUUGGGCCCUUUCACUUUUUUUAAUGUUCAGAAAACCAAGUAUCUGCAGAUAAUGACAUCACUGAUGAGGUGGAUAGCAUUUGUCGUCAUGAUAAUUAUAGCCCUUCUCCGGAUUGCCAAGGGCCAAGGGGAAGGUCAUCCCCCUCUAGCAGAACUCUCGGGAAUCCGAAAUCUCUUUGGAGUAUGUGUUUAUUCCUUCAUGUGCCAGCACUCUCUGCCAUCUCUUAUUACUCCCAUCUCCAAGAAGAAACAUGUCAACAAGUUGGUCCUGCUGGAUUACACCUUAAUCCUGGGUUUCUACAGCCUCUUGUCCUUCACCGCUAUCUACUGCUUUCGUAAUGGGACUCUCAUGGACAUGUACACACUCAACUUCACCAACUGUGACAUUGUCAAUAUUGCUGUUAUACGAUUCUUCCUGGGCCUCUUUCCUGUCUUCACCAUCAGCACCAACUUUCCUAUAAUAGCUGUGACUCUGAGAAACAAUUGGAAGACCCUCUUCCACCGGGAAGGAGGAACCUACCCAUGGGUAGUAGAUAGGAUUUUUUUCCCAGUCAUCACACUAAUUCCUCCCAUUAUUGUGGCUUUCUGCACCCAUGAUUUGGAGUCCUUGGUGGGCAUUACUGGGUCCUAUGCUGGGAAUGGGAUCCAGUAUAUCAUCCCUGCUUUCUUAGUGUACUGUAGCCGAAAAGACACUCAGCUGAUCUUUGGAAAUGGCACGCUUAAUAAACAUUUGUCCCCUUUCCGGCACACAUUCUGGAUUGGGUUUGUACUACUCUGGGGCCUUUUUUGCUUUCUGUUUGUGACUGCAAAUAUCAUCUUGAGUGAAACAAAGCUCUGAUGAUGGAACAAUCUUAUAAUAGAGGAACCUGAAAGUGACCUCUAAGGUUUCUAGUCCUGGUCUUGCACCAGUUGAGAAGUUGCUAAUCCAGUCUUGAGCUUGAAAUUUUGGGUGCAUUGCAGAUUGUUCAACUCCCUUCUUAAUUCAGAUUUUCCCUGCAACAUAUGAAGCUGUGGAUUUGCUGCUGUGGUCACCCAUCAUCUGACAUUUUGCCUUGAUCAUAGAUUCCACACAAACUAUCUUCCUAUCUUUUACUGUCAUAUGUCAAAGGCUGUCAGAUAUAUGUCUGUUCCUCAAGAGUGAUGGAGAGUGCCAACAUUGCUGAAACCAGUCAAGCAAGCAGCCAGUGAAAGCAAGCAGUGAUCCCUUAACCCAUCAUAUCCUCUGAGGUUGCUUUCUUUUCUCUAAGCUAACUGGGGGGGAAAUCAGGAGCUGGAUGGCUGCAACUGUUUAAAUCAGACUUCAUAACUAUUGACAUGUUCAUGGUGUAAUGGCAGCCUAAACUGUGAAACAAAAGAGAGAAUGCCCCAAUGGUAGUUCUUCCCACUUCAACACUUUUGUUGUUUCCUUCAUUUCUGUUACAACCUUUCCAGCACACAUUUGCCUUGUUGCAUGUAAUGUGGGCCCUGGGAUUAGACGCAUAGAAGUUGUUGUGGAUCUAAAUGAACACUUUUCAACUGAUGAGCAUUUUGCUUCUGUUCACCUUUAUGUUUUCUGUAAGUAAUUUCCAGUCUCAAAUUUCCCUCCUUGUUUAUAUGCAGUGUAUAGAUGAGUGAAAAGGAAAUACUGUUCAGAACCCCAGUCUAGGUGGGUAGCACAGAGCCCUCAUGUGAUGCGGAAUAAAAGGGAAAGCCUAUUUCCACAGUCUCUUUAUGCUGCUGCGUAGGUUCAGCAUUGCCAUGGUCCUCUAUGUCACAACAGUGCUGAGGCAGCAGGGGAGGCUUUGGCUGCAGCACUUAGCAUUGUGUACAUGAAGGUGCCAAUUACUUGCUGGAUGGGUAAUGUGUGAAAGAAGCACAGGUUUCUUUCUAGCACCUUAAAUGGGUGUUGCCAGAUGCAGAAGCUAGCACCUAACCUUGUCUUGAUGCAGAAAUUAUAUAAAUAAGUAUAACUAGAGAGAAUAAAAUCAUGAAAGGAAGCUAAAGAGAGAGAUAUUAAUGAAACCACUGUUUUGUGUCUUCUGUCUGAAAAUAAACCAUUAUAUCCUAAAGCACACUAAAUUCCAAAGAAAACUUAAUCCCGCUAAUUAAAAUUAAUCUCUUACCUCAUUUCAGGUUCAUGUAUUUUUAAAAUAAAAACUGCUGCCACCAUUUUUCUCUGUGAUCUAUGCAUCCUAUUUUACUAUCUACAUAGAUUCGAACUCCAUCUGGCCAUAGUUCUGUGCCUUUAAAUCUGGGUCUGCCACAGUCACAUCUUAAGAGAUGUGAAUGAGGGAGUCUCAUUUUAAGAGUAAAAGAGGCAUGCAGAUCAGGGCCGGUUCUAAAGGGUGGCCAGGUGGGGCACUGGCCCGAGGUCCCCUGGAGCUACAGGGCCCCCUCUGCUCCUCUUCCGUGAUCUGCAGCAGGAGCCACGGAUCGUAGGACAGGAGCUUCUGAGCCACCCACCAUCCCCCCACUUCACCUACCUUUCUCUCUGCUGUUUUUUUGUGGCUGCGCACACUGCACGCGCAGGGUUGCCAUCAGUCAAGAUGGCAGCCGAGGUUUCCCUAAGGGGCUGAAGCCUCUGCCGCCAUCUUGAUUGAUGGCAGCAAUGCAUGCGCAGUGCGCGCAGCUGCAAAAAACAGCAGAGAGAAAGGUAGGUGAAGCGGGGGGAUGGCGGGCGGCUCAGAAGUUCCUGUCCUGUGAUCCACGGCUCCUGCCAUGGAUUGUGGAAGGGGGAGCAAAGGGGCCCAGGACAGGGUGGUGCCCAAUGGCCCUGGCAUGCCUGGGGCCGGCCCUGAUGCAGAUCAAGCAGGGAGCUAUUAAAUCCUCCCUUGCCUGUGCCUUAUUUCCCUAUAGUCUGUCCUCCUAUGUAACUUUUUCCUCAGCCCAGCCGCUAUAACAGAAGUAAAUCCACCUGAGAGAGAGGCUCCUGGGGACAAGAUCUACAGGGAAGCUUUUCGCUUCACUUGCACAGCCCUUUUGCUCUCUAAAUUUUCCUGACUUCAUCUCCUUGCUUUAUACACAGUUGAGGAAGAUCUGGAUUUAAAGGCACAGGUCUGCUCCUUGUCUCAUGUAGUUUGGGCUAUAGGUUCUUUGUUGAAAAGGAGUACUGCCCACUAUUCUGUGAUGAAGUCACAGAAGCCAUUUAGGAGAUUGUAGAGUGUAAAAGAGGUCAUGGAUCACAAAUGUUUUAAUAUGAGGAAACGCCUUUAAAUAUGUUUAACCUGCUUUUUCUAUUGUUGAAUUUCAUCUUCCAAACCCCUGGAUUAUGCUUACCUUCUCUAGUCUGGUGUAGCUGUAAUAUUAAAUAUGACAUUUCAUCAAAGUGAGCUGAGAAAUUUAAUGGUGUUACUUUUUAAAAAAUAAAAAUUAUCCAGUAUAAUUAUCAACAUAAAAUUGGUUCUGCUACAAAAAGCAGAUUGACAGAAGAUGUGUUACAAACAAAUGCAGCAACUUUUUAAGUGAGGGCAGCGCAACUCUGUUCAUAGAUAACAAAAACAUCUUUGAUAUGUUGCAUAAAUCUAAGUUUACCGAUUGGGGGAGAUUGCUCCAGGAACAAAAUAAAACAUGAUGACAUCCCUCUCUUCUGGAUCUCAAGCUGUACUUGGCAGCCUUUCCAGUGCAUCAGAGAGUCACUACACAACCUGAAAGCUUGCAGAUAGCUGAUGCUGCUCCUUUGACACUAAGUUACUGAGAGCUGUCUCUGAGUAAAUUAGUAAGGAGCAGUGCACUGCCCAGGUUCAGUGAAAACAAAACUACAGAUUUUGAGAGGACAUGCCCAGGGUCCAUUUUAAAUGGAAGCCGUCCUGUUACAAUUGGUUCAUAGGUUUAACAACUGCUUCCUUCUGCCACUCUUUCCUAUAAUUGUUAUAAAACUCUUGUCAGAAUGGAGAGACCGCAGAUGGCCAUGACAGAGUCUUGCAUACUGACCCAAUCUGUCCUUGUGCAAUAUGAAACACAGAACGAUAGGAUCAGUGUUGGCAUUUUAGCAGCAGAAUAGAGGUGCUUGUGAAAUAACCUAUAAAUGGAUGCAUUGUGGCAAUCUCCUCAUCUCUGUCUGGCUGUAGAAGAUGCUGAACAAUACAAGUACCAUGUCUGCUUCAGUCCCGUGGAGAGUUCACUGAAUUUCUCAGUGCUUUUGUCUGUGCAGACAAAAUGGGUCAUUUAAGGCACAUCUUCACCCACCAAGUGCAAAAAGUUUUGUUCCCCACACCUUUUGGUGUCUUCCCUACAACUCAUCUCAGACCAGUAGCACUUGAUUUCAGUAAAAGUAGAAGCUGGGCAAAUUGCUGAGCUGCAGAAGUGCUUAAUUUACAGUCAUACAGCAGGCUUAGUCUGGGACUUGUGCUCCCUCAGAAGCUCUGUGUUCCAUCUUGUUGAUGUGUGCAACAAAAUUCAAUUGUACUAAUUGCCUUGCACAAGGAAUUUGUCCUCUUUUGUAGCCUCACCAUUCCCACCACCACAAGCUGUUGUUUAAGAUUUCCCCCUACUUCCUCCACCUAAAUCCAGUGUUGCAUUAUGUGCCUUUUUCUCUUAAAUUAUAUUCUUUCUUCUUGAAUGUUGCUCCAGAGGUUAUGAAAUGUGAAAUUUCUGUAGUUCCUCUUUGAUUUCAACAGAAAUUUGACAGGGAUGGGUUUCUCUCUGCAUGAAUAGGAGGAAAACUUUUGAAAUGGCUUGACAGUAGUGCCUUGCAUUCAUCCCUCAGCUUAAAGUUUCCUUUCCUGUUUUCUGACUAUUUGCAUUGUAGUAACUUCCUAGGUGCCUUCAGUUUAUAAGUAAUAUACCUCAGUUAAUGGUGAAAGCACUACAGUAGGAGAGAAAUGUAUAUUGUUAGUUUCACAAUAUGCCUUAGAACACCAGAGGGAUUGAGAUGGACCAAGAUGGAUAAAGCGUGUCUGUAUUGUAUUUUUACUGGCUUCAUUACAAGGCCCCAGGGGAUGGGGCAGUGGUGGAAUCCAGGGCUCAACCUGCCUGCGUAUGAUGCAGUGUCUGAUAUCUUCCCCCCAUCUGGUUUCAUGUGAGACAAUAUUUUCAAUUGGCUAUUAAAAUGCAACAAUUCUUCACUAUG